AUUAUACAAAAUUUGACAAGGCAAACAAAGCGUGAAAUUAUUAUUAAUAAAUUGAUGCAAUCGCGAGGGGAGAUGAGUCAAAAAAAGGAAGGGCAGCAAUUCAAAGUCAAUUGUAGCAACCCCUAACCAACGACAACCCAGGAACAAGUGUAACACUUGAGGGAUUGCCCGUUCCCGGCUAAAUACCAAGGAAUUUUUGCGUUCAACGCCCAUUGCCAGCAGAUUAGCGCCCCUCGUCCGGAGACCAAAUUAAUUUGGAACGGAUAUUGCACGGACAUCGGGUGCGGAAGUCGGAAAGUGGGCUUCUACCUGAGGGUUGACUUCGCCCCUUGUUGCUGAUGUUUUGCUAGUUUGGUGUACAAUAUGUUUUGAUGAAUUUGUGACACUUCAUGCCGCAUUAGAUCGCUUUCCGUAUGCACAUUUAAUCCUAGGGGUUGCUCGCCAAAGUGCCUUCACGUGGCAGCGAUUAGCGCAUCAGUAAAGUCCUGGCUAUCUUUGCUUAUACAUAUAAGCCUUGAUCUUAACUCCUUAAGUUGAUCUUUCCGUCACCUGUGGUGUGGGAAAUUUGCUUAGUCUAUUAAAAUGUUUUAUUUAGACCCUGCCACGUGCGUUAUGCAAACUUUUUCCCAUAGAGAGUCACCAUGCUCAUCCAUCGACUGAGAUUGACUACCCGGAUCCCUCCCCUUACCCAUUGUAUGUCAAAUCGCUAUGACAAAUUAAUUGAAUUUUGUCACCAUUUCUGGCAUUUUUCGCAGUUUUUCGACAUUUUUUCCGGGCUGAACUAGGGCAGAAUCCAAUAUAUAUUAGGUCAUGAUAGAUGGGAUUUAGCAGCAAAUAUAGCAGAUGUUUUCAGAGCUACUUAACAGUUCUCAGUUUGUGCGAAUUAGAAUUGUACUCUAAUUGACUUAUCUUAGGUAACUUGAAAACCAACAAUCAUGUUUGCCUGACUUCAUAAAUUUCAAUCAUAUAGCCUCAUGCCCUAUCUACGCACUUAUCGAUUCUUGUGUACAGCGAUAGGAAAAGUAUUUUCUGGGUUUUCUUAGUUGCCAUAAAGUUGGCGGGCCAAGUUUAGUUGUCCGUUGGUAGAAGUCAGAAGAAUGUCGAACCCGAUUCUAGUAACGCAGCUGUCUCAAGACGUCUCUUUGCCAAACUGGCUGGAUCAGCAGGAUCUCGAACAGUUGGUGAGGCAAGAGAUUCCGGAUUUUAGAAAAAUCGAGAGCUUGCGCAGUAAAUGGGAGGUUCAACUGUCCCAGCCCACUCUCUGUGUUCAGCUUCAGGUGCUCGUGGCAGAAAAAAAGAAACGCCAAGUGAAUUACCUAAUCAAGUCCGAAGAAUCGGUCUCCGUUGGGUUAAAAGUACCCAUUAAAGGGGAUUUCCAAGUGGAGCGUCACAUGCACGAGACCGUACUGCCCGCCCUGGAAGAGCUCUAUGGAAAUGCGGACAAGAAGAUUCACUUUAGUCCGUCAAUCGUCAAGACCACACAGAAAUCGAAACAAAUUUAUUUAGACUACGUCCUAAACAAGGGCUAUGCCGUGGCCAAUAGCCUCAAAGGCUUGUCCGUAAGCGCCAUGGUGGGAGUUCUUUCCAAACUGGCUGCCUAUCACGCCGGGACAGCCUGCUAUAUAGAGAGGAAUCCCGGCAAGAUAAGGGAGCUUCCAAAGCUCGGAGAUCUCGCGAAAUUGGGUGAGCAUGGUGACGAAAUCAAGGGCUUGUAUCAAAUGCGAUUUCACGAGAGUCUACGAUCGAACAAUGUCAGAGAGUACGAAGAUAAGGUGAAAUCAUUUCAAAGAUAUGUGAAAGCUAAUGCAGACAUUGUGGAUUCGAGGAAUUCCUUCAAUGUUAUACUAAAUGGAUCCUGCUGGCCAAGCAAUGUGCUCAUUCAAGUCGAUGCCUUUGGGAAUGUAAAGGAUGCACUAUUCAGCGACUUUUACGCAGCUAAAUAUGGUCCAGCUGUCUACGAUCUUUUCAGUUUACUUCUCACAGCUCCGGCUGAAAAACCUAGCAGAUUUGACGGCUUCGUGAAGUACUACCACGAUAAAUUGAUUGAAAAUCUGAACCUUCUAAAGUUCCGAGGAAAGAAGCCCAGUCUCACGGAUCUUCAAUUGGACUUGCUAAAAUAUGGUCAUUGGGCUUUCGAGUCUGCCACGGAAAUCCUACCGAUAAUGCUCUCGGAUUUUGCCAGCAACGACAUUGAUGAGCUCUUUAAGAAUCCUGUGUUCGGUGAGCAAAUUAGAGAAUUACUGCCCUGGUUGGAGAAUCGUGGAUACUUUGAAGAAGACUAGACACUUUUACGCAGCAUGUAAAAAAAUAAAAUAAAUAUUAACCAG